AUGGCUCGAUCUGGUUUUAGCGUAAAAUCUAAAGUGGUGGAGGCUAUUCAGAAUGGAGUGUGGGUGUGGCCGGAUGAGUGGAGGACUAGGUAUCCUGCUUUGUUUCAACUUCCUCCUAUAACUUUGUCUAAUGAAAAAGAUAGAGUUAUGUGGAGAAACUCGGUAGGAAAUUUGGUUCCGUUUGCAUCGAAGGAGAGGAAGCUUUGGACGCAAGACCGUAUUAUGAAAUGGAACCACAUGGUUACGGGCUCUAUGAAUCAAAUGUGCUGCUUGUUGUGUUAUGCUGGUUUGGAGACGCAUGAUCAUUUGUUUUUUCAGUGUUCGUACUCAAGAUCCGUGUGGGGGAGUGUUCGGCUCAAAGUGGGUAUGGAUUCGGUUCAAGAGACAUGGGAGGACAUUUCUAGUUGGCUGGUCCCGAGAACAAAAUCAAGGGCCAUAUAUUCGGUUGCUGGUAAACUAGUAGUGGCGGCGGCGACGUAUGCAAUCUAG